AUGAACAAUGAAAACAUCUAUUCUAGUGAUCUAUUUUCAUCUACAGUGAUGUCUAAGUCUUAUUAUUAAGUCUUACAAGAUUCUAAUUUGAUUGAAUCAUAAGUGCUUCAACCAGUUUAUUAAAUGGCUACUUCUCAAUACAUGACUCCAUCAAUUUAUAAACCUAAAAAAAUGGAAUUAUUUCAUUAAUUAGAUGAUGAACAUGAUUCUGAAGAUGAAGGAAUUGAAGAUUAUAAAAUUGGAGGUUAUCAUCCUGUACAUGUUGGAGAAGUACUAUAAAAUAGAUAUGUUAUAAUUUAAAAACUAGGUUGGGGUCAUUUCUCAACUGUAUGGUUAUGCAAAGAUUUUAAAUUUGACACAUAUGUUGCAAUAAAAGUAUAGAAAUCUGCAGAAAAUUAUUUGGAGGCUGCUUAUGAUGAAGUGGAAAUAUUAUAAAAAGUGGCUUAGAAUGUUACAAAUCAAAAAUGGCUUGAAAAACUUAAAUAAUAUAAACCUAAUUAAAGAUUGAAUAGAGAUGAUAGUCAUGUAGUACAAUUAUUAAAUUCCUUUGUUUAUAGAGGACCUUAUGGAUGUCAUUUUUGUAUGGUUUUUGAAAUCUUGGGAGUUAAUCUUUUGGAAAUAAUUAAAAGAUUUGAAUAUAAAGGUGUUCCAAUGAAAUUAUGCAGAAAAAUAGCAAAAGAAGUAUUGAUUGGUUUAGAUUUCUUACAUGAAUAAUGUGGAGUUAUUCAUACAGAUUUAAAACCUGAAAAUGUAUUACUUUAAUUGUCUUAAGAAGAAAUUAAAGAUAUUAUUGAAAAUGGUUAAUUAACAAGUAAUUAGAUAUUCAAAGAGCGUUUGGAAUUUUAUCAUUAGCUAUUUGAUAUUAAAAUAGAAGAGCCAGUAAAAAUAGUAGAUAAUUUAUAAUUAAUUAAGACUGAAUCAAUUAAAACUACUGAAAGGAUUAAUUCUGAUCAAUAAUAAUAAUAAUUAACAAAAAAUCAAUUAAGAAAUUUAUAGAGAAGAUAAAAGAAAAAAUAAUAAAAAUUAUAAAAAUAAUAGGAUAUUAAAGAAAAUUAACAAAUUUCUGAAAAUACUGAAGAAAUAAUAUAUUAACAUUAAAAUUAAUAAGAGAAUCAUAAGGAUACUAAUAAUCAUUUAUUUUAAAUUGAUAAAAAAUCUUUAUUUAAAUAAAUACAAAAGAAUGAUUUUUCAGUUAAAGUAGCAGAUUUAGGUAAUGCUUGUUGGACACAUCAUUAAUUUUCUACUUUAAUUUAAACUAGAUAAUAUAGAUCUCCUGAAGUACUAAUUGGAACAAGAUAUAAUGCCACAGCUGAUCUAUGGAGUUUUGCUUGCAUGUUAUUUGAACUGUUAACUGGUGACUUUUUGUUUGAACCUAGAAAAGGUGCAAAUUUUUCUAAAAAUGAUGAUCAUUUAGCUUAAAUUCAAGAAUUAACAGGCAAAUUUCCAUUAUUAUUUUCUUAAAGAGGAUUAAAAUCUAAGAGAUAUUUUAAUAAAGAAGGUAAUCUUUUAAGAAUUCCAAUUCUAAAUUGUUGGUCAUUAACAAAUGUUUUAAUAGAAAAGUAUAAGUAUAUUCCAAAAGAAGCUAAAGAAUUAGGUAAUAAAAUAAAUUAAAUAAUUUAGCUUCUUUUUUAGAACCUAUGUUAAAUCCUUAUCCAGAGAAAAGAGCAACUGCAUCUUAAUCUUUAAAUCAUUCUUGGUUGAAGAGUGAAAGUGAAGGAAUUAAAAUGAAUGAAUAAUAAUACAAAGAAUACAAAGAUAAAAGAGGAUUAGUUGAAUUUAAAAAGGUAAAUUAAAAAAUAACCAGUUAGGAAGUAGAAAGUGAAGAAGAAUAUGCUGAUAGAAGUGAAUCACCUAGAGUAAUACUACCUUUAUGCACCAGACGUCAAAAUUAUAUUAAACCAAGAUUUGUAGAUAGAAAAGAAAUAGAUAGAUCUUUUACUGAUCUUGGUUAUAUAGGAUUUGGGAAUGGGAUCGAAAUAGAUUUAUUAGAUUCUACAGGGAAUUGGUAAUUUGUUAAUUGAU